UUUUAACCAUUUUUUCAAUAAGUGUUUUUAGUAAUUAAAUAACAAAAUGAUUUUUAAUUUUUUAACUAAUAAACUAUUAAUUAUAUAUUUUAUUUGUAAUAUAUUGUUGAUAGUUAACUGUAAUAAUGAUGAUGACGAUGAUAUUGAAUUUACCGGUCCCACUACAGACAAGGGAAAGUGGUUUGAGAGCCGAUGGAACCGCUGGAAAGCCCUGUCGGCAGAACAGAAACAAAACGUGUCGGUAGUCGUAGACAUAUGUGGAGCCUAUGACCUUGGCUUUCAUUGUACCAAAUUUAUUGGUCAGUCGGGUCGAGAAGGGACCAAUUGUGAUCACUAUUGUUGCGCACAGGGAUACAUAAGCGGCUAUUGUGAUAACGAAUUGUCGAUCAAUAUGGAUGUCAUACGUCCCUUACAACGGGGCAAACAUACGACCAAUAAUGUGGUGUUUGGGGCCGUCUGUCGGUGCAGUAAUGACUGGAAAGACGUUUCUUGUAAAUCGGAUGACGGAAUCUUUGGCAUUGAAUGUCCCAAUGUUUUGGGUACAUGUGAUCGACAUUGUUGUCGAAAACGGUAUGAUUAUGGCCGAUGUGAGGGCAGGUUUGGCCUACAAUGCAAUUGUUAUAAUAAAACUAGAGAUCAUUUAUAAUAUUUUAUGAAAAAUUGUUUGUAUUCAGGACUUUACUUUAGUAUGCAUUUAGCAAACAAAUAAAUAAUUAUUUUAUAAAAACAAAUAUAACAAUAAUGUUGUUUGGCUUAUCAAU